AUGUCUUCUCGCGCGCAGGAGAGCAGGUCUGUCGUCCAGCUGGUGAGCGCAGUGCUGCUGCUGCUCUCGCUCUCCGCGUUCAUUCUUCAGCUGUAAAAGAACUCAGAAUGCAGUUUUGCUGAAAAACAGUUUUAUAUUAUUUUGUGUUGCCCUUUGGAAAUACAGCAACUGGCAGCGCACGCUUCGACUGCCGUUUUCAGACCAGUAGGCUGUGGGCUCUUAUUUGACAACGCGCCGCCUAACCUGCGCGUGUUGUGUCUUUCAUCAGCUGAUGAGCGUCAACAACACCAGUUUUUAUUUACAGGUUGUUCAAGCAUGGAUGUUCUUGUGGCAAAUAAAAUAAAUGCACUGAAUGGAACAACUGUUAAAAUCACCUGCACAUUCACCUCCUGCUAUAAGAUGGAUGUCACCAAGUUUGCCAUGAAUUGGACCUACCAAGAAUCACUCAAUGAUACAGAGGAGAUGUUUAUGACUUUCCAAAGGAAAAAAGGAAUGGUAUCUCAGCGUACAGAUCAGUUUGGAGACAGGGUCACGUUUGUUGGGAACCUGGAUAAGAACGACCUGUCAAUCACCCUAUCAGAUGUUCAGCUGGAGGAUGAGGGGAUUUACAACUGUUAUGUGAGAAACCCCCCAGAUCGCAACCAGGGACACGGUGUCAUAAACUUCAAUGUGGUUACUGAACUUCCCCCUCCAAAGGACUCAACCAUUGCAGUUGCCAUUGGGGCAUCAGUGGGCGGAGCAUUAGCUCUACUGAUCCUUUCCAUGGUAAUAGUAAAAUGCCUCCGUCGACACCGGAAACAGGAACUGAUUUCAGAGGAGAAGAUGGAGGAGGAGGGAAAACUGGAGGCUGAAUGUGUUGCAGAAGAGGGAACAAAGUAA